AUGGGAAACAUGACCGCGGAGAUCGUCGCCUUCAUCCUGACCAUGUCCGGGUGGAUCCUGGUUUCUUCAACGCUGCCCACGGACUACUGGAAGGUGUCGUCCGUGGAUGGGACGGUCAUCACCACGGCAACCUUCUGGUCUAACCUGUGGAAGACCUGUGUCACCGAUUCCACUGGAGUCUCCAACUGUAAAGAUUUCCCCUCCAUGCUGGCACUGGACGCGUAUAUUCAGGUGUGCCGGGCUCUGAUGAUCGCUUCUGUGUGCCUGGGUUUCUUUGGAGCCGUCCUGGCUCUGGUCGGCAUGAAGUGUACAAGGAUCGGGGGCUCGCAGACCGCUAAAGCCAGACUAGCCGGGCUGUCAGGCAUCCACUUCAUACUCAACGGGCUUUGCUCCUUGACGGCGUGCUCCUUGUAUGCACGCAGGAUCACGUCAGAGUUUUUCGACCCCUUAUUUUUUGCUCAGAAGUUUGAACUGGGCGCAGCACUCUUCAUCGGAUGGGCUGGAUCCGUGCUGUGCAUUUUAGGAGGACUCAUCUUUUGCCUCUCCUGUUCAGAGGGCUUCAGUCGAGUCAAGGACUCCUACAGCGGCUCCACAUCUAUGGUAACCAAGCGCCACAAAGGUUUCUACCAACCACCGGGUUUCACAGGCCCCCAGGACCCCGCAGAAAACUCAAGGCAGUUUGGAAAGAAUGCCUACGUGUGACAACGUGCACUAUUCUAUACAUGGAACGACAUGGACUGAGCUUGUUGAGCUCACCUUUUUAUACUUGUUCAAUCAGAGCCCUUGUCAGAAUCUCUCACUGAUACAAUUCCUUUGUGGUUACAUCACCUGGAUAAGUGUAUGAUGACUGGAACAUGCUUUUAUUUUCAUCAUAUGGCCUUUUCUUUUCAAUGCACUGUAUUUUGUAAAAUUUCAGUUAUUAUUCACAUAUUAUAUAGGUUUUUUUAUACAUGUGUUUUCUUUGCCAAGGGAAACUGUGCCUUGGCCUUUCUUUAAACCUGACUGCUUCGAUAAUGUCACUCCCUGUGCACAGAAAAAGCUGAUGGAAAUGACCCUUGAAAUUGAUACAAGCAAAUAGGCGAGCUGUUGAUUUAAUUCCAAAAAAAACAGAUUAGGUAAUGUCUCUUGUCAAUGGGCUAUAAACAAAAUACAUCAGAUAAGCAUGUUUUCGGUUCAGCACAGGAAAUUCUGUUUGGCAUGGAACAACACAAACUCAUAGGUCACCUUGAAGAAGAAAAAAAUGAACUGGUACAAAUCCAUUGUCCAUUUGUAUGCUUCAAGAUGAACACCAGGAAUAGAAGUCAUUACUCAAAACACUCAGCUCCUUAGUUCUUGCUAAUUUCUCAUGAAAUAGAAAUGAGUGACAAUGUAAAUAAAAACAAUCCCUCAAAACGUGCAAAGGAAAAGGAGCAGUCAUUUUAUUUUGAUUUAUUUGAAAUAAGUUAGAAAGAAUAUAAGAGCACCAUAACAGUUCAUAACGUCGAAAUAUAUCAGAGCUGCCUGAAAACGUCCUUCAGAAUACUGUGGACACAAAGCACGUUCGUCAUAAUAGUAACCAGCGUUGCAGAAAGGGGAGAUUUCCCGCAAAAUUUGUAAUAAGGUGCGUGCAAAAACUGGGAUGGACGAGUUGAUUUACUGCUCAUGUUGUGUAUAAAUAAUAACGUUUGUCUUUUGAGGAGUCCUCGGGUUAUUUGCGGUAUACUGUCUUUAAAUGUUGGCAACCCUGAUGGUAUCAAUCUUACCGGACCUCAACUGACGGCCGGAUGAAAGACGUAUCAAUAGAACGCAUUGUGAGCAGAACUGUCAAAUUCUUGUGUUUUUGCAAUAUAACCUCACACUGAAAGAUGGCCUCUUUCCAGCCACCACAAAGCGGCGCUUCCGUUGUCUCGGCGGGCUUGUCCCAGUUCAUCUUUGUCCAGACUCGGAUAUGGGAAUCGGACGUUUCCCCCAACGUCCGCCGUCUAUCUACACCUUCUGAUCAAUGGAAACCCUAACCCUGUUACGUGAAGCCUCUCGGUCCUCCGAGCCAGGGGACAAACAACUGGCGUGGAGUCCGCUGCAUCCUUGAACAGGUGUUGGGUGUCCUCGACGGGUCCCAGAUGGUUAGAAGACUGACUCGUACUAGUUACCAGAUACUGCAUCUUUGAAUGCAUUAAAUCGUGGUCCUGAGGGAUUUCACAUUUUGAUGUCCAUAUUGUGCACAACGAAACAAUAGGCUAGAUACAUGCAACAGGAAGACAGAAAAAAACAACAUUAAGGCGCGCAGGUUUUACUACAGAAUAGCCUACAUACUAUAUCCUGCCAGCAGCGUCCUUGCCCAACAUAGUAUGUUUUUUCUCCUUCCUUACAUCCCGUUAGACUGUAGCGAACGAGGGGACCAGGAAGCAAACACAUAUGCGGCGCAGCAACCGUUUCAGCAUACUCUACGGUUGACUAGGUAGGAGUUGUAAUUCAACUCAUACAGCAAUGACGGCUACAAGGCUAAUAGCAGUUACCUUAAGCUUUUGUAAAAUGUUUACCCCAUUUAUCUCCCCUCCCAAUGUUCGAUUUGCGUUUAUGAUCGUGACUCGUAGCAACAACUCUCCUGCGGGUUGAGGAAGUCAAAAAUAGCCUGCUCCUCACAACUUGCAAUGCCGUCCUUCUCGGACACGGCUUGUGCUGCAUGGACCGCACAUACGCACGGGGAAUUAAUUGCCACACUUUGACGCCCAGUUUAGUUGCAUUUAAACCAUGCACCACUAGAGAGCAGUGCUGCGUGUCUAUACAUUACGGGACCAUACAAUUGACUGUGUGGAAAUUGUAUGUUUUCUGUAUGCGUCUUGUUUGGAUGGAAUCCUACUUAGUGCUUAGUAAUCUAUAAUCAGUGCCUGCUAGCGAACACACUGCCUCUUUGUUCUUUUUCU